AACAGAGCAGUACAACUCGUGUUCCGAACUUCUUCCAGUUUACAUUGAAGGUAUAGAUACCGAGCCAGACCAGACAUUCUCGAUGCAAGUAGCAGGCAAAUCUGCUGGGUACCGCUUGACAGGGGUGAUAUACUAUGGUACAGCACACUUUACAGCUAGAUAUGUGGACAGAACAGGGACCGUGCGGUUCAAUGACGGAUACAUCAACGGUAGAACUUCUAAUAAAGAAGGCGAUAUGACAGACUUGGAUAUGAAAAUGUCUACUGAUGGGAGAAAACCUGUACUGGCUGUAUACAGGCAGACUUGAGCACAGGGUAUUACACAUCCGAUAAGUUAUGAUGGAUCAAGAAGGGUGCAGAUAAAUAGAGCGGACGGAGAGCAUAGGACUCGGAUCCUGCCACUCGGAUGUGAUGGCCAUCAAAUGCUAGUUAGUCGAAGAAUACGAAUACUACCGCAAUUGUGCCUCUUCAACGGUUUUGCAGGAUUGUCUCAUUGCGUGCAAGAGCCAGUGAUGGCACGUACUGGUCUGUUUGUAGGUCGCUUGU